UCCAUCACUUCUACUACUCUCUCUCUCUCUCUCGCUGAGCACUCCCUGUUGUAUUAAAAGAAACUGAUACAUAAAAGUGGUGCCAUCUCCACCUUAACGAUGUCGGUGAAAGAGUGUAACCACCACAAGGGAAGGAAGAAAAAAAUAUUCCGGCGCAUAUUCUGGGGUAUAGUGAUCUUCUUGUUCAUCGUGCUGGUGACGAUUCUGAUAAUCUGGGCAAUCCUAAAGCCUUCAAAGCCAACCUUCAUCCUCCAAGACGUCACCGUUUACGCCUUCAACGCAACCGUCCCCAACUUCCUCACCUCAAACUUCCAAGUCACCCUCUCCUCUCGGAACCCAAACCAAAAAAUCGGCAUCUACUACGACCGCCUCGACACCUACGUCACUUACCGGAACCAGCAGGUCACCUUCCGCACCUCCAUACCUCCCUCUUACCAAGGUCACAAGGAAGAGGACGUUUGGUCGCCGUUUGUCUACGGCACUGACGUCCCCGUCGCUCCCUAUAACUUCGUUGGCCUCAGUCAAGACCAGUCUAACGGCAACGUCCUCGUCAUCGUUAAAAUUGACGGUAAAGUCCGGUGGAAGGUCGGUGCCUUCAUCUCCGGCCACUACCACCUCUAUGUACGCUGCCCUGCUUUCAUCACCUUUGGCCCCCAGAGCACCGGCGUUGCCGUUGGCAAUAACGCCGUUAAGUAUCAGUUGGUCCAGCGUUGCACCGUUGGCGUUUAA